ACCGCGCUAUUCCGAGAAGGGGCGAGAACCUCUACAGAAUUUUCUAGUAGCCGGCGUUUCUUCAGCAUACCGGCAUUUCACCGUCACCCCGUGGAGGAGAACUACAGCGGUGUGCUAUUUAUUUAUUAAUCGUCUCUUUCGCUUCCCCGGAGUCAAACAUGCUCGGCUUGUGCCUUUACGUCCCCGUGUCCAACUCGGACCCGGUGGAGGUUGAAUAUUUCGAGUCUAACGGACUUCCGUCGGAGCUGAAGACUCUCUUCAACAGGCUCAGCGUGUUCCUGCCGUCUCAAGAGUUCUCCGCCUACCAGAGGUGGCGAAAGAAAACCUUACCAAGGGAAGAAAACAACUCCGAUGGACAGCUGGACUUCGAAGAGUUUGUUCACUAUCUGCAAGACUACGAGAAGGACCUGAAGCUUGUGGUGCAAAGCCACAACCGGAGGAAUGCAGGACACGUUGAUCCAGAAGAGUUCCUGCAGUCCCUCAAGGACCUCGGUGUGCACAUUUCCCCGCAGCAUGCGAAGGACGCCCUUAACGGCAUGGACAAGAAUGGAAUGAUAACCAUCAGCAGUAGCGACUGGUGCAAGUACCCCGUGGUGGAGAAGGCCGAGAACAUUCCUGAGAUCAUCCUCUACUGGAAGCACUCCACGACAACCGUAUCAGGGCGUCCGAUGAUGCUCACGCCCAAGCUGGAACUAAUCAAAGUUCAGAGGGAGUCGCACCGUCCUAACCGCAGAGAGGGGGGGAAAGUCACAUUUCGAUGGAAGGUUCCGCCAGUACAAGCUGUACGCCAGCAAAUAUUCGAUGUGGGUGAGAACCUGAUGGUGCCCGAUGAGUUCACAGUAGAGGAGAAGCAGACGGGGAUGUGGUGGAGGCACCUGGUCGCAGGCGGAGCAGCAGGAGCCGUUUCAAGGACCUUCACCGCUCCACUGGAUCGCCUCAAAGUCAUGAUGCAGGUGUACGGGACCCGAACCAACAACAUGUGCAUCAUGACCGGGAUGAUGCAGAUGAUCAAAGAGGGCGGCAUGAGGUCGCUAUGGCGAGGCAACGGCGUGAACAUCAUCAAAAUCGCCCCCGAGUCGGCCCUCAAGUUCAUGGCGUACGAGCAGAUUAAGCAGCUAAUCGGCAGCGAUAAAGCGAGUCUGAACAUCGCCGAGCGGUUUGUGGCGGGUUCCCUGGCGGGAGUCAUCGCCCAGAGCAUAAUCUACCCCAUGGAGGUCCUGAAAACGCGCCUCGCCCUGAGGACCACCGGUCAGUACUCGGGCAUCUCGGACUGCGCCAAGCACAUCUUCAGGAGAGAAGGACUCCGGGCGUUUUACAAAGGCUACGUCCCCAACAUGCUGGGCAUCGUCCCCUACGCGGGCAUCGACCUGGCCGUGUACGAGACGCUGAGGAACGACUACCUGCAGCGCUACGGCACCAGCGGCGCCGACCCAGGCGUGGUGGUCCUGCUGGCCUGCGGCACCGUGUCCAGCACCUGCGGUCAGCUGGCCAGCUACCCUCUGGCUCUGGUCCGCACCCGCAUGCAGGCACAAGCCGCGGUGGAGGGCAGCCAGCAGAUGACCAUGUCGGGCCUCUUCAGGCAGAUCUUGCAGAGCGAGGGUCCCACGGGGCUCUACAGGGGCCUGGCCCCCAACUUCCUCAAGGUCAUCCCCGCCGUCAGCAUCAGCUACGUGGUGUACGAGCACCUCAAGAAGCAGCUGGGCGUGACAUCGCGCUAAAGCUCCUCCCUCCCAGGGCUCAUGGAAGGGAAUCCCAGGGCGCCUGGGGGUCCGUGCAGCGAUCUCAUUCUGUGAAUGUCGGCUGACGAAACACGAGACUGCGUUUAAAGGCCGAGGUGGAGGGUUUGAUCUCUGCGAGCUCAGGUUGAGCGUGACUGCUGCUAUUUAUGGUGUUUGUUUAAAAAGAGGAUGUGAGUGACUUGUUCAUCGGGGACCACGUGUGUGAUUCUGUCGACGGCUAAAGUUUAGAUUUCAUCAUGUGAAAUAGUUGUUGUUGUUGUUUUUUUAAGAUGCGUCCCCAUCAAUCGUGUUGCGCAACUCCUGCGCAAAGUUUUAUUAAACAGGUCCGCCUGUGAAGUUAUUGUGUCUCUACAUGAGAGGAUUUUGCACAUGAGAGUUUGAUCUUUCUCUCUCACCCCCCUCCCCCCUCCCUCCCCCGUUGACCCGAACAAUCGAAUGGAUGGCAGAAUUUCUGAGUAUUUAUUUCAAUUUGUUCUGUAUUUAUUUUUACUGUCAAAGAGGUUCAAUACUGUGAAAAGCCAAAUGUGUGUGAUUUGAUUCAAAACAAUGCAGUUCUUGUAUCCGGGGGGGGGGGAGCGCCAGGUUACGGCCUUAUUGAUGUUUGGCGUUGAAACACUAAAAGACAUGUGGGGAGAUGUUGAGAGUUUGGAACUUGUACUUUGAGUCCUUGUGGUUUUGUUUUGAGGGACGGAUCAUUUGUUGUGCAUGUGUGUUCUUCUCUUACGGUAAAAAGUGUCUUAAUGUUCACCUCAGGUUUCAGAGUAAAUGUUUUCAAUUCACAUUUUUCCGUUCACAACAUUUAUACUUGGAAAACGAUGGGCGACUUGAUGCACUUUAAUCGACGCUGGAAGGGCUUCUGCUUGAAUGUCAGAUCAAUCAGGUAUUAAGAGUUAAUUCUUUUGUAAAGAAUACGUUUUAGUCUUGUUUUAAUGGACCAUAUUGAUGCAAAUAAAUCCAAAUUCUUGUAA